AUGUACCGAUGCAGGAAAUGCUGUAUAAUAGUCGCUAUUGAGAAAAACAUAGUCCCUCAUGAACCAGGGAAAGGUGAAGAAUGCUUUGCUUGGAAGAAGAGAAGCGAAAAUUCUGCUGACCGAGUCCAGUGCUCUUCCAUCUUUGUUGAGCCUAUGAAAUGGAUGCAAACAAUUCAUGAUGGGUUUGUUGAAGAGAAGCUUCUUUGUUUGGGAUGUAACGCCCGGUUAGGUUAUUUCAACUGGGCUGGGAUGCAAUGUAGCUGUGGCGCGUGGAUUAAUCCGGCUUUCCAGCUCCAAGCCGAUUAG